AAGUGGGUUUCUCAGCCAGUUUAGUCAGUUCAAGUCGGGAUGUCGGCCAGAAGGGAUACAAUAUUCGCACUGGGCUUUUGCCUCAUGUUUAGUUUUCUGAGCAUUGAGGCUAGAUCUUUGGAGGAAUCUUCUGUGAAGACGAAGCGAGAUACAAACGACUGGUGGUCACUCCUUGAGGAUAUAAUCUAUGACAAUGAUAGUGGAAGUGACGACGAUGCUGACGAUGAAAAUAUCUUGAUUUGUCGUAACUGUACAGUUGUAGUUCAAGCUGCUCCGAAUGGUACAGCGGAUGGAAGUACAGCGGCUCCAGCAGCUGAAGGACCAGCUCCAGGAUCUACUGUAGGAACUCCUGUAACUCCUUCUGGAUCAACACCAGGAGCUCCACCUCCAGCACCAUCUGAAACCCCGGCACCCGCUACAACAGCUGCACCACCGGCAGUGACACCAGCCACCACAACAGCAGUUGCUCCUGGUCCUGAUGGUUAGGAAGCCAUCCUGGUAUCUAAAAGGAUAGCCCUAUAACUCCUUUCUAAGAUUAGCUUUUAAGUGGGAUUCGGUAUACGAUAAUUUUGCCAUUGGGUUAACAACCCACCUCUAAUAAAACUGGCAUUCAUUCAGUUUUAAACACA